AUGGUCCGAAACGACAUAGAGUUCAUGGCUACGCCCGUGAGCCAAACGCCGGAUGAUACCUCCAAUGCCAAGGACAAUAGCGAUGGCGUUUUCUUCACCAACUCCCGGUUACCAGACGAAGAAGACUUCAGAGACAGGCACGAGUUUUCCCUUCCCCCUGUUGAUGGCGGAAAAGACGCAUGGCUCUUCUUGUCGGCUGUAUUCGUCGUGGAUGCUCUCAUUUGGGGUUUCCCUUUUGCCUUUGGCGUGUUCCAAGACUACUAUCUUACACACGAGCCGUUCAUUGGACAGCCUAACAUAGCCGUGAUCGGCACAAGUGCGAUGGGUGUCAUGUACCUAGCCUCACCGAUCAUCAUGGGCUUUUGUCAGACAUUUGGAAGAUGGGCACGUUGGGGUCCUAUUCUAGGACUCCUUGUCAUGUCCCUAGCGUUGGCACUAAGCUCGUUCGCCUCAACAACAACGCAUCUGAUCGUAUCUCAGGGCGUCCUAUAUGGCUUGGGUGGGAGUUUUUGCUAUUGUCCCUGUAUCAUGUAUUUAGGGGAGUGGUUCGUCAACAAGAAGGGGCUAGCGUAUGGAAUGAUGUGGUCAGGGACGGGUUUAGCAGGUGUUAUUCUGCCUCUUCUCUUGCAGUCACUCCUCGGCUCUCUCGGGUUCCGCAACACACUUCGAGUAUGGGCAGCCUUGUUGUUCGUGUUAGCAGCGCCGGCGGCCUUCUUAAUUAAGCCCCGUCUGCCACCCUCCGCGACAAGCCACGCUAAACCAUUCAACUUGUGGUUUUUGGUGACCCCGGCAUUUUUGGUGUACCAAACAGCCAAUAUCGUCGAGUCCAUGGGAUACUUUCUGCCUGGCAUCUAUUUGCCGACGUUCAGCAGGAUCGUCCUCGGUGUACCAUCCCUGUCGGCCGCCACGACGAUCCUGCUUGUUAACGUAGCGUCUGUGUUCGGAUGUGUGGCGAUGGGAUGGUGCAUCGACAGAUUUCAUGUCACAACCGGUAUCCUCCUAUCCACAAUCGGGGCUACCAUCAGCGUGCUGGCCAUCUGGGGCCUAUCGUCAUCUUUAGGACUGCUGUAUUUCUUCUGCAUCGCCUAUGGUCUCUUUGCAGGAUCAUUCUCGUCUGCCUGGCCCGGGAUAAUGAAAGACAUCGCACAGAAGGCACAACACAGCGACAAGGGACAAGUAGAUCCGAAUAUGGUGUUUGGGUUCCUUUGCGCGGGACGAGGGGUUGGCAACGUGGUGGCCGGGUCUCUGAGCGAGACGCUCAUCCGCAGCUCAUUGUGGGCAGGAGAGACAGCGACAAAUGGCUAUAGUAGUAGCUAUAGCAGCGUGAUUUUGUUUACAGGAGUGACGGCUCUGCUUGGUGGUGCAAGCUUCAUCUGGAAACGGCUUGGUCUCAUGUAA